CGUCAUUGCCUGCAUCCAAUCGAACUGCCAAUUCUCUCUCUCCCUUUUCUUUCUCCCCCCCAUUCAUCUUUCAUUGGGUCUUGCGGUCUUGACCGCUCUCCCAUUGAAUUCCCGACUGCUAGACCUUUCAAGAUGAGGGUGCCUACUCUUCAUCUGUUCGUCCUCGCGACCCUGGUCAUUCUUGCAGCGGCGUGGUCCAAAGAAGAUCAUGAAAUCUUUAGCAUACAAGAUGAAGUGUCCGCCGCUGAGGGCGCCAAUGUCACCUUCUACGACUUCCUCGAGGUCAAACCCAAUGCCAACCAGGAUGAGCUGAACAAGGCCUACCGCAAGAAAUCCCGACUCCUCCACCCGGAUAAAGUCAAGCGGUCCUUCAUCGCCAACAGCUCCAAGGACAAGAAGGCCAAGGCCAAGACCCCUGGCGUCCACGUCAACCAAGGCCCGUCCAAGAAGGAGAUCGAAGCUGCAGUGAAGAAGGCCCACGAGCGCUCCGCUCGUCUGAACACCGUCGCCAACAUCCUCCGUGGCCCCUCCCGCGAUCGCUACGACCACUUCCUGAAGAACGGCUUCCCCAAGUGGAAGGGCACCGGAUACUACUACUCGCGAUACCGUCCCGGUUUGGGAUCCGUGCUUGCGGGCCUGUUUCUGGUUUUCGGCGGUGCUGGCCACUACGGCGCUCUGGUUCUCAGCUGGAAGCGCCAGAGGGAGUUCGUCGAUCGGUAUAUCCGUCAGGCGAGGAGAGCCGCCUGGGGAGACGAAACGGGCAUCCGCGGCAUCCCAGGUAUUGAUUCCACGAGUCAACCCGCCCCGGCUCCCGCCCCCGAAGCGGGCGAUGCCGCAGCUGCUAUGCCGAUCAACCGUCGGCAGAAGCGCAUGAUGGAUCGCGAGAACCGCAAGGAAAACAAGAAGGGGAGCCGCGCAACCCCCCGCGCCUCAGGCACCGCGACACCCACUUCCGAGACCGUGGAACCCACCGGCGAGAGGAAGCGCGUGGUUGCUGAGAACGGCAAGGUCCUGAUCGUCGACUCUGUCGGUAACGUGUUCCUGGAAGAGGAGUCCGAGGAGGGCGAGCGCCAGGAAUUCCUUCUCGACGUUGAGGAGAUCCAGCGCCCAUCCAUCAGGGACACAAUGGUCUUCCGCGUCCCUAUCUGGUUCUACGCAAAGUCCGUGGGCAGACUGUUUGGAUCUUCGGCCGCCGAAGACGACACUGCUGAUGCUGGCGACGAGUCCGCUGAUAGCGCGGACUCGCCCGUUGAAGAGUCAACCAGCUCCGCCAUCGCGCCCAAGAGCAAGUCGUCGAAAAAGAGGGGCAAGCGCUCGCAAAAGUCUUAGUUGUAUAUGACCUGGAUAAUCGUGCCUCGAGGUUUGGCGCGGUUCCUUUCUGGUCUAUGUUUUGUCCCGUGUAUCCAUAACGAGGGUUCUUUCUAUGUUGUUUCUUGUAUAAAAAUAUAUUAGGUAUCUUGAAAUGAACAGUGAUGGACAG